GGGCCGGGCAGGGCGGCGCUGCGCACCGGCAGGCGCGAGGGCCGUGCCGCCGUGUCUGUGUCCCGGUGCCCAGCGGCGGAGGCGCCGGGGCCUUGCCGUCGGGAUCCCGGCAUGAGCCGCGCCUGGCAGGCUCUCCGUGCUCUGCGGCUGCGGCUCGUGGGGCCUGCCAAGGAGCUGGUGGGCACCGACCAGUUUGGCAACAAGUACUACCGGGUGCCCAAGCACGAGAGCCGCGCAGGGCAGACUAUACCAGAAAGAAGAUUUGUAGAAACAGUAAAUCAUGAAGCAUAUAAUUAUCAAAUUGGUGACUUUCCAGCAGAAUGGGAAGCAUGGAUAAGAAAAAAAAGAGAAGAUCCACCCACCAUUGAGGAGAUUCUUAGGAAUGAAAAUUACAGAGAAGAAAUGAAGCAGAAAGUCAAGGAUGUAUCUGAAAAGGAUAAGCUGCUUCAGGCCAAGGAGUAUGAGGAAGGACUUGUUGCUGAACCAAGUCAUACUCAGGUUAAAGGCCAUGCAUCUGCCCCUUAUUAUGGAAAGAAGGAGCCCUCACAAGACCCCACAAGCACUGCAAAUACCUUCCAGCCAGGUGCCUGGAUGCCACCAGGCAGUGGGAGUGGUCAAAAUAAAUAAGCAAUUUAACAGACAGAUGUUGUUAAUGGAUAAAUAUGGUAACAGACGACAUACACAGUUGUUAUAUACAAUAGUAAAAUAAAGCAGUAUUAUAAAGCAGUUUCAGUUACUUUUGCAGAACUAUUCAAAUAGGCUUAAUCACAACAAAGUAUUUGGUUUAGUGAAAAACAGGAUGUGUUUCUAAGUUUGGUUAUGACAGUUGCUGUUCAUCAGUUACUCUUGAAUUCAUAGUUAAAAGACUGUCUAAAUUUCCUUAAAUUCUAAAUUAUUUUUUUUCCUUAAAGACUAAUUUAGUUCUAAAACUGUUCUUGAGGUGAGAAUUGUAGUCAGUACACUUAUAUUUUCCCAAACCUUGGCCAAGAUCUCUCUUCAGAAUAAAUCCCUUGGCAGUGCCUGCGUGCUUUCUGCUGGCAAGCAGACGGAAAAGUUGAUUAACAGGAAUCACUAUGACACUACACUGAUUACACACUGUACUCAUAGCAGAGACAUUCUAGUAACUUACAACAGUCAACAUAUUUGAAUGUUUGAUUUGCAGACAGCAAUUUUCACAGGGUAAAAUCAAGUUAAGCUACAUAAAACUGCUAUCAUGGAAGCUAGAAGUACUUGAUAAAGCUGCUGGAAAAUAGCACUAGGUCUGGGACAAGGGACUGUCCUGAAUAUUUAACUAAAUAAAUUGGUUUUUAUUCCUGGUAUAUCCGUGGACUUCCCUGGAUGUUUAGAUAAUUUUGGCCAUAGUUUAGAGACAUAAAAUGUGCAGAUGAUUUGCUUAGAGACGUUUGAGAACUUCAAAUAAAAACAGAGACCA